AUGUCAUUCAAGGCAACUAUCACUGACGCGGGGAAGCAGAAUAUUUGGUUUCGUUCAAUAUAUGUACUAUCUACGAUCCAGGAUGAUAUUAAAAUUACCGUUACCACGAAUGAGUUGAUUGCGUGGUCAAUGAACGAAACGGAUACUACGCUUUGUCAAAUUAGAUUUGAGAAGAGCUUUUUUGAGGAGUACGAAUUCAAACCACAUGAGAUCGUAUUCGGGGAGAAUGGGAUUCAAGUGAUAGACGAUGCGUACGGAAAUAAUCAUAAAUUAUACUCCUUCCGUGCUAAUGGAAGGCACCUGACGACCAUAUCGAGGAAACCAGAUGGUGAUGGCAUAAAAUCAUUCACUAUUGCAGUCAAUAAUACUUCCACAUGUCCUGAAUCGUUCGCGAAUAGAUUAAUUGUGGUGAUUGAAAUGGAUUCGUUAAUAGUAAAAGAAUAUUGUCCUCAAUUCCAGCCAAUCAAGUAUGAUCCUAUCAUAAUCAAUCUGAAGUACAAAAGAAAGUUUCUAGACGUUUUUGGAACCGCAGCCUCCGAUCGGAACCCGCAGGAACCAUUGGACCCUAAACUAUUGGAUGUUUUUACUAAUACCGAACGUGAACUUACAUCAGCACUAUUCAAUGAAGAAGUGGAAUCGGACAUUCGGAAAAGAAAUCAGUUAACAGCUGCUGAUGAGAUCAAUUACAUCUGUUGUAAUUCAACCUUAUUGAAGAACUUUUUAGAUAAUUGCAAUGUCAACGUUACUGAUGAAGUAAAAUUAGAGAUCAGCGUACAUAAGUUAAGCAUAACGGCAUUUACUAAAGCCGUAUAUGGGAAAAACAACGACCUUUUGAGGAACGCGUUAAGCAUGAGUAACACUAUUAGCACAUUGGAUCUCGAACAUUACUGCUUAUUUACAACAAUUGAAGAUGAAAAACAAGAUAAGCGAUCACAGACCAAGCGUAAGGAACAUAUGAAGAGUAUAACGUUCAAAUUAAAAGACUUCAAAAACUUCAUAACGAUAACUCCAUCCUGGAAAAGCACACAGGGUGGGAACGAUAAUAUAAGUUUAUGGUUCUGUCACCCUGGAGACCCUAUUCUUAUGCAGAUGCAAAAACCGGGUGUGAAGCUGGAAUUAGUCGAAGUCACUGACAGUAAUAUUUCAGACGAAUUUUCAGAAGGAAAAUUUAUAAAGGCAGCCAUCUCAGGUCCGAAAGAGGAGAGUGGUAUGAAAGACAAUAAAGAAAGCUAUGGGAGCCCAUUAAGAAGUAGAACUGCUCUAAAAAGGGAAAACCAGUCACAUUCUGUGACUAGUUCUCGAAGGAGUCCUCUAAAAACAGCAAUUACUGUUCCAGAUAAUGGUGGCGCAGCUGUCAAGAGUUAUAUGGAUAACACAGCAAGGAAAUUAUUUGUCGAAGAACAAAGUCAAACUCCGAAUUACGGAAGAGAAACCCUAUCCAAGCUGCCCCAGUCGAUUAAUAAAAAAGUGAAUCAGGAACAAAGAUUUUAUGACAGUGAGGCUCAUGAAGCGAAUUCUUUACAUAGCCAGACUAAUUCAUUAAAGAGGUCUGUAGACAAUAUGCACGAUGAGAUCAAGGACGCCUCCCUACAACCAGCGGUUGCAAAAAGGGCAGACACUACAGUGACAUGGGGAAAAACAUUACCAACCUCAGAUGACGAGAUUUCGUCCAGCAAUGUUAAUAGAAAAGAAAUGCUCAAGAAAGAGAAACUGAAACAUCUGCAAAACUUGAUGCACUCUAGAAAUAGCGAAAAUAAACACGAAAAUCGGGAAGGUGAGGAAGAGGAAAACGGGCUGGGCCUCACACAAGUGGAAAGACCAAGAGGACUAUUUGAUUGA